GUAGUAAGUAGUAAUUUAUCAGUAGCAACAAACAAACAAGAUCUAACUUUAAUUCAAUCAAAAGCAAUCGUUUUCUGCAACUAUUUCCACAACGCUUUCAAUUUCACUAUUAACAAAUCUUCGCCAUUUCACACAACAAUGUCAAUCUCAGAUCCCAACCGUAUUUCCUUCGCUCAAUCCUUUCUUUGCAGCGCUUUCGCCGCUUGUUUCGCUGAGUUUUGUACUAUUCCUCUGGAUACAGCUAAGGUGAGACUUCAAUUACAAAAGAAAGGUGGUAGUGUUGUUGAUGAUGAUGAUGGUGGAAUGGGUUUACCUAAAUAUAGAGGUUUACUUGGAACUGUUAAAACUAUUGCUAGAGAAGAAGGUGUUUCUGCUUUAUGGAAAGGCAUUGUUCCUGGUUUGCAUCGUCAGUGUUUGUAUGGUGGUUUAAGAAUUGCCUUAUAUGAUCCUGUUAAAACUUUUCUUGUUGGUGCUGCAUUUGUUGGUGAAGUUCCUUUGUACCAUAUGAUACUUGCCGCUCUUAUCACUGGUGCUUUGGCAAUCACUAUCGCUAAUCCAACUGACCUGGUCAAAGUUAGGCUUCAAUCUGAAGGCCAAUUGCCAUCUGGGGUACCCAAGCGUUACUCUGGUGCUAUGGAUGCAUAUUCAACAAUAAUAAGACAAGAAGGGUUAGGGGCCUUGUGGACUGGACUCGGGCCUAAUAUAGCACGGAAUGCAAUUAUAAAUGCUGCCGAACUAGCUAGUUAUGAUCAAGUGAAACAGACGAUUUUGAAAAUUCCAGGGUUCAUAGACAAUGCCUUUACUCACCUCUUGGCUGGCUUAGGAGCAGGUCUUUUUGCUGUCUUUAUCGGUUCUCCUGUUGAUGUGGUGAAAUCCAGGAUGAUGGGUGACUCAAGCUACAAAAACACAUUUGACUGCUUUCUCAAGACUUCGUUGAAUGAGGGAUUUUUGGCCUUUUAUAAAGGCUUUCUUCCAAAUUUUGGUCGAGUAGGAGUCUGGAAUGUGAUUAUGUUUCUUACCCUUGAACAAGCCAAGAGAGUUUUUAGAGGAUAAAUAUUAUUGCUCUUCAUGAUGAUUAAAUUCAGCAGGAAGAAAUACCGUUUCUUUCUCGGAUGAGUGCUAGCAACCUAACACUUAGAUUUGCUGCGGGAGAAGGGUUUUCUACAUUUGUUUCCUGCUUCUGCCAUGCAGAUUGAAGUCAUGCCUCAUAGUCAUAUAUUAUUUGUAUUUCUUAAUUGAACAUCAGAUUACAUUUCUAUAUUUGUUUCCUACGUGCAUGUAGAUAGUGGAUGUUGCCAUUCAUAUAUUCUUAGCCAAUGAAUAUACUGUCAAAGUACAUUCACUCUAUAGGUGUACACUGUAUAAUGUAUUAUGAGAUAACAUUUUUCUGGGAAAUAUAUUACUUAUUUCCCAACUCAUUGAACAGACCAAUGAAAUGAAGCUUUAUAUAAACACCAGUUUAUAAAUUUAUUUCU